AAAAAUAAAUAAAAAACAAGACCUGUGAAAAUUGUUGAAUUAUUUACAUAUUUUUGGAGCAUUUUCUAAACAAAUAAAUUUGUAUUUAUAAAUAAAAGAAAACUUGCCAAAAAGAAGAUCACAAUGUCGAUGCGCCCGGAUGAUCAUCGUCGCAAAUGGGACAAAUCUGAAUAUCAGAAAAAAGCCCAGGAACGUUUAUUAAAUCAAGCCAAGGGAAACGAUAAAAAUGAUGAAGAACCCGUCCAAAGAGAAAGCCUCAAACGCAGAGACUACAAAGUUGACUUGGACAGUAAAUUAGGUAAAAGUGUGGUCAUAAACAAAAAUACACCCAGUUCACAGUCGGGUGGUUAUUACUGCAAUGUUUGUGAUUGUGUAGUUAAGGAUUCCAUUAACUUUUUGGAUCACAUUAAUGGUAAAAAACAUCAAAGAAACUUGGGCAUGUCCAUGAAGGUGGAACGCAGCACAGUUGAUCAGGUAAAGGAGCGUUUUCAGGCGAACAAAAAGAAAAUGGAAGAGAAACAGAAAGAUUAUGAAUUGGAACGGCGCUUGCGAGAGGCCAAAGAGGAAGAGGAACGCUACAAAGAGCAUCGCAAAGAAAAACGAAAGGAUCGUAAGCGUAAAGCCGAGGAGGAUCUGGAUGGCAUGGCGCUAACAGAUGAUAUGGCCGAUAUGGCGGCCAUAAUGGGUUUCUCGGGAUUUGGUGCUUCAAAAAAGAAAGCAUAACUUUGUUUUAUUUGUUUCUCAGGUUAAUACAAGAAAAAAUAUUUAUUACAAAAUAUGAAACAGGAUCAAUAUUAUAAAAAAAAACAUUUACGUAUAUAAAUAAGGAAAAUGCAUUAAUAUAUAUAAACAUACAACUGGAAUAGUGAGUAUGUGUAUAUAAGGAAAUUCAAAUGACAUUUCAAAGGGCAACCUCUGGCCGGCAUUGGAUCAUCGAUAUGAGGCAGUGAUCUUGAAAUUUUACAUUUAAUCUAAACGAAAAAUAUAUGUAUAUAUAUUAAAGACAAAGAAGAAACUAUUUUCUAAACACAAACAACAAACUAACGAACCAAUUGUAAUUGCAUUAAUUAAUAAAAAAAAAACAAAUUUAAUAAAA